ACAGAAAGCGUCGAGUCGGGUGAGUCUGAUUUUCUGAAGCCGUUGAACCGAUAAGAUUACAUUUUAAUGGUACAAUUCGCCCGAAGUAAAGUGACAUUUUAAUCAUGCGUAUUUUAGUAGUUUGUUUUGCUUUAAUUAUCGUUGAGAUCAACGGUUUUAUAAAUCAAUAUCCAAGGAUACAACAAAGGUUAGUUUUUGGAGAUGCUGGUGACCCAUUGUUCUUAACUCCGUAUAUAGAAGGUGGAAAAAUUAUAGAAGCUCAGAAAUUAGCAAAGGUGAAUCACGAGAGUUUUCAAGAUGUUGAAAGCUAUGCCGGAUACUUAACUGUUAAUAAAACAUAUAAUUCAAAUUUGUUCUUUUGGUUCUUUCCUGCUGAAUUAGACGCACCUAAUGCGCCAGUUGUUUUAUGGUUGCAAGGUGGUCCAGGUGCAACAUCUUUAAUGGGAUUAUUUACUGAAAACGGACCAUUUUAUGUAACAAAAAAAGGAUUGAAGAAAAGAAAGUACACAUGGUCCCGUAAUCAUAAUUUAAUUUAUAUUGAUAAUCCUGUUGGUACCGGUUUUAGUUUUACAGAAAAUGAUUUGGGUUAUUCAUCUAAUGAAUUUGAUGUAGGAUUGAAUUUGCUGCACUGCUUACAACAGUUCUUUUUAUUAUUUCCGCAAUUGCAAAAAAAUGAUUUCUUUGUAAGUGGUGAAUCUUAUGCUGGUAAAUAUGUACCUGCCAUAAGUUAUGCAAUUCAUAUUAAUAAUCCAUCAUCACAAGUUAAAAUUAAUUUGAAAGGAUUAGCCAUUGGCAAUGGUCUUUGUGAUCCUGAGCACCAAUUGAAAUAUGGCGAUUAUUUGUAUCAAUUAGGCCUUCUAGAUGCAUCGGGACGUGAUUUGUUCCAUAAAUAUGAGGAUAUUGCUGUUGAAGACUUGAAGAAAAAGGAUUUCAUUGCUGCUUUUAACAUAUUUGAUGAAUUGCUCAAUGGCGAUAUGACAACUCAGGGGUCAAUAUUCCAAAAUUUAACAGGUUUUAAUUAUUAUUUCAAUUACUUGCAAACUGAUGAUGAUUCUAAAAUGGAAUAUAUGGGUGCAUUUAUUCAAAGGGAAGACAUACGAAAAGCAAUCCAUGUUGGAAAUUUGCCUUUCAAUGUUGAUAAGAAAGUUGAGGAACAUUUGAAGGCUGAUGUUAUGGAUACCAUUGCACCACAGUUAAUUGAACUUCUUUCUCAUUAUCGUUGUUUGAUUUAUAAUGGCCAGCUAGAUAUUAUUGUAGCAUACCCUUUGACUGUUAAUUACUUACAGCAACUUAAUUUUAGUUCUGCAACACUAUACAAAACUGCUGAACGCAAACCUUGGAUUGUGGAUAAGCAUAUAGCUGGAUAUGCUAAAAUAGCAGGAAAUUUAACAGAAGUAAUGGUUCGAAAUGCAGGGCAUAUGGUUCCGACAGAUCAACCAAAAUGGGCUUGGGAUCUCAUUACACGUUUUACUAAUAAUAAACCAUUAUAUUAA